GACGACUUGGCUCACAUUGUUAAAGAAGCGUUCAAGAUGGCGUUGUUGUUGGAAGUGGCCAAGUUGGCCUUGAUCCUGCUCAAGGCUCCGUUUUAUCAGCUGCGGCGGGCUGCCUCCUUGUUCUACUGGCCCCAGAAGGACCUGGCCAACGAAAUUGUUUUCCUGACGGGCGGUGCUUCUGGGAUCGGCAAGGGCAUGGCCAUCAAGCUGGCUGAGCUGGGGGCUCGUAUUAUCAUCUGCGAUCUUAACGAGCGUGCUGCCCAAGCCUGUGCCGAAGGCAUCAACCGUUCUGGCUUGGCUGGUCGUGCCUGGGGCUUUGGCUGUGAUGUAUCGGAUCGUGAUGCCGUCUACGCGCUUGCCGACAAGGUUCGCGGCGAGAUUGGCGAGGUCACGAUGCUCAUCAAUAACGCUGGCAUUGUCUCGGGCAAAAAACUCCUGGAGGCCGACGAUGCUCUAAUGGAGAAAGUGGUGCAGGUCAACACAAUCGCCCACUUUUGGACACUCAAGGCGUUUCUGCCAAGCAUGCUGGCGAAGAACCAUGGCCACAUUGUCAACAUUGCCUCCUCCGCUGGCAAGUUUGGUGUCGCUGGACUCGUCGAUUAUUGCGCCAGCAAGUAUGGUGCCGUGGGCACGCACGAAGCCCUCCGAGCCGAUCUGCGCAAGCUCAAUGCGACUGGCGUGCACACAACCGUCAUCUGCCCGUACUUUAUCGAUACUGGCAUGUUUGAUGGCGCUCAAACCCGGUACCCAUGGUUUCUGCCUAUUCUGAAGCCGGAUUACGUGGUCGACAAGAUUAUUUUUGCCAUUCGCACAAAUCAGGCUUGCAUUUUAAUGCCACGCUUCUUGAUUCUGGCCGAUCUCCUCCGUGCCGUGUUCCCGCCCGAGACGCAAGAGGAGGUUGCCGAGUGGUUUGGUGUCAACGAGGCCAUGGAUGACUUCCGUGGACGUGCCAAGCAGGACUAA